CGCCAGGCUCCAGCCAAGCAGCAGCGCCCACGCUUCUUGCUCUCUUUUCUUCUCUGUUCAACUACCGAGAUGGCGAGCUGGUUUUGGAGGAAGAGAGGGUCCUCAGCAGGCAAAGGAUCGGGACCGGGGCCCACCAAAGUGGUCCUCGACGGAUCGGACAUCGAGGAGUUGGUUGGGAACAAGGAGGCGUUCAGUAGCUACGUGGACCACAAGUUUCAGGAGCUGGACCGGGACCACGACGGAAAGCUGUCGGUGAGGGAGCUCGAGCCUGCUGUCGCCGAUAUCGGCGCUGCGCUCGGGUUGCCGGCUCAGGGAUCUUCGCCGGACUCUGAUCACAUCUAUUCCGAGGUUCUGAGUGAAUUCACACAUGGAAAACAGGACGUAGUAAGCAAGUCUGAGUUCAAAGAGGUGCUCUCUGACAUUUUGUUAGGAAUGGCAGCUGGGCUUAGAAGGGAUCCAAUAGUAAUUUUAAGGAUGGAUGGGCAAGAUUUAAGAGAAUUUGUCGAGAGUCCAAAGUUUGAACCGACAGCAGUUUCCAUAUUUUCCACAAUAGAGCCAGGUAAUGCCUCUUUAGGCAAGUGCAUGUUACUGGCUCUGGAACAACUCAAAGUCGAACAGGGAAUGCCCCCAUCUUCGGAUACUUGGGUUUCGAGCAAUAUUAUUGAGCCUGUUCUUCAAUCAUUUUCUAGUGAUCAACUGGAAAAACCUGUUUCUGAUGAGGUAUUCUUAGAAGAAUUCAAGAAGUUGUUAUUAGGAAUUGCUCAGAGGCUCCAAGAACAUCCUGUUAUUGUUGCACACAGCGAAAACACCUUCAAUGGCAGUGGUAUCAGACGAUUGUUGUCUAACAAAUUUGAAGUGGAUAAGUUGUUGGAUGCAACAUGGAAGGAUCUACCGAAGGAUCGCCAUCAUAAAUCAUCAAAGGAGUACCUCCGAAUUGCUCUUGAUAGCAUUGCUGCAGCAGCAGGUUUGCCUCCUUAUGGUGCAGUCAACGAGAUCGAUGCCAUUGUGAACGAGGCGAUUAGGAUGGUGAACGCAGACGACGGGAAAAGCAUGAACGAAGAAGAGUUUAAGAAGCUAAUUGCUGAGAUACUUGGAUGCAUCAUGCUACAACUGGAGGGCCGACCAAUCUUUGUUUCUUCUAACUCAGUGGUCAAUGAGCCAUUAGCUUCUUCAUCCUCAAUCCUGUGUCCUGCACCUGACAGUACUGAUUUGCCCUUAAAGGAGUGAUCAUACAUACUAACUUAUGUGAGAGGGGCAUGCUUCUUAACAUUAUCAUGUAUCAUAGUGUGAUAAUAAGUUGACCUUUCAUGCAUGUUGUUUUUUGAGGCUUGAUAAGUGGCCUUCUCCACGAAUGGUUUCUUCUAAGUGGGAAUAAAAGAUCGUUGAUCUCUUACUAUGUAUCCACAUUAAGCUUGUACACACUGAUCAAUGUAAAUGUUAAACAUACGACUUUUAUUAUGUGUUUUGUUAGUUGAGAUGAAGGAUUUUGGUUUUC